AUGUGGAGUCGAGCUUGCAGUUGCUUCGGAGGCCUGGUACCGGAGGGGAAUUCGCCCGGAGGUGAUGAUAAAGGGCCUGAUCGCAAAGGGAAGGUCAUCUCACUCCCCUCAACUGAUUAUGCUGCCAAGGUGGAGGAGACCGAUGAGGAAGAUCUGAAGAUCGAACAAAAGGUUAGGAGCAGCAUCCUCUCUUCGAUUCUUGACAUCCUUUGGGUUCUUCAAGCGGAGGUUGAGGAGAAGAAUGAGGAGAAGCUGGCGUUCGGAGAAAAGGAAACUUUUCGCUCAAUGGUAGCAGAAUACCGCAGAAGUGAAAAAGUCCUGCGAGAAAAGAUCCAGCUGCUUCAUCGACUGUAUGCUUUCUUUCGGCGGAUACGAAACGAUGGUGCUUCGUUAUACCGAAGCUUUCUAUUUGCCUAUGUGGAGCACAUUUGGGUCACACGAGACAACACCGAGGUCGAUCGUAUCGGACAAAGUCUUACACUAUGUCAGUGGACAAAUGACAUCCGCGGCAAUAUCUGUGCCAACUUUGAAGAGCUGAGAGAGAUGUUCCUCCAGCUGCUGUACGAGCACAUCAGAGAAGAAUCGAGACCACGAAGUCACAAGGAGUUUCUGUCGAGGAGCCUGAGACAGUGGGAUUCAGCUUCAAGUGGGACGUUUUGCUCACCAUUAAAUUUCUUGUGUCUUCUCUUCGUUCAGUGUUCUCUAAUGUGUUUGCUCGGUCAGUCAUUUCACUCUUAGGCUAUGCUGCUUCAAAUGAAAUAGCCAGGCAAGCUGCUGAAAUCCUGUUUGAUCCAGACACAGACUACGACGAGGUAGGACGCUUUAAUUGGCCAUCAUGCGUGCAUGC